CUUUGUUAAGGCCCAUAUGUAAAGUGUCAAAUUUAAGCAUGAAUGACAGUUCUGAGGCUUCUCUUUGAACGGGACAUACAGUGACAACAUUUUUUCUUCUUUUUAGGCCACUACUUUCCUUAGCCCUCCACUCUGUAACUAGUUAGUGAAACGUCCCCCCAACCUAAGCAACUUUGUUCCAACUUACAGCCCUCCCAGGAUUAUUUUUGCCUGUGUUGUGCUCUACAGUUCUCACUUUGCCCAGCUUUGUGUUCUCUCUAAACCUGCCCAUGUCCUUUUUUCUGGUCAGUUCACCUUCACCUUCCGGUCACCUUCCAUCCUAUCCCACUUCUCUCCCCUUCUCUUUCUCCUCUUUAUGUGCACGGUGCAAUGCUCAGCAGCGCACAUGCCUUGCCUAGUUCCUACCCUACGUGCCUCCUUUCGGCAUCUCCUGCAUCACAGCACCAGAGCUCUAGAAACUGCUGGGGAGAUGCACAAUCAGGCAGGGAAAGGUUGUAUGCAUGUGCUGGCUGAGUCAUAAGAACGGCCAUACUGGGUCAGACCAAAGGUCUAUCUAGCCCAGUAUCCUGUCAGCUGACAGUGGCCAAUGCCAGAUGCUCCAGAGGGAGGGAACAUAACAGGUAAUCCUCACGUGAUCCCUCCCCCGUCUCCCACUUAGAGAGAAACAGAGGCUAGGGACACCAUUCCUACCCAUCCUGGCUAAUAGCUAUUGAUGGACCUAACCUCCAUGAAUCUAUCUAGCCCUUUUUAGAACCCUGUUAAAGUUCUAGCCUUCACCACAUCCUCUGGCAAGGAGUUCCACAGGUUGACUGUGUACCAAGUGAAGAAAAACUUCCUUUUGUUUGUUUUAAACCUGAUGCCUAUUCAUUUCAUUUGGUGACUCCUAAUUCUUAUAUUUAGCAUGAGUGUGGCGGAAUUUGAAUCCAGAUACAUUGUCAGAGAGCUGAAGCAGAAAGUCUAGAAGUAGGACAACUUCCUUCAAGCAAGAGGAGCCAGGGUGUCACUUGACCUUGUUGGUCAGACUCUCAUAACUUCCUCAUAGGUCAGUGGACUUGGAGCACUUAGGUCCCUUUGGCUCUCCCCUACACAGCAGACAUUACAAAGGGAGAUUUUCAGCAGGGAUUCGUUGGCUCCUCCCACUGGUGGAAAAUGAUAAAAUGUUCAUCUCCCUUUGUGUUUUCCACAUGACUGACCACAAAAGUAUUUUUAACCAGACCCCUUGCCAGCUCUGCUGAACACACUCAUUCCCUCCAGGGCGAGGGAAACCACUGCGGCUUCCAUUCCCCAGCCAGACAGUCUGGAGCUACACGGCUGACCACUCGGCUAAGGCAUCAACUAUGCUGGUUUGCUGAUCCGAAGUCAGUCCGCCGUGAGGAGCGCCGGCGAACAUGAAGGGGUUCGGCUUAUUUCUUGCAAGCCUCCUUUGCAUCUUCAAGAAGGGUUUGCAGUCCAAUGGCUGGUCCAUUCAGGUUCCAUCAGAUGCUACUGGUGAAAUUGGAAAGGCGGUCGUUCUGCCCUGUACGUUCACACACCCCCACAAAGCAUAUGACCAGACCCUCACAACCAUUUGGAGGAUCAAGGAACCUUACAGCGGGAUGGUGGUGUUCAAGUGUGUUACUCACAGCUCGAGCGACCUCUGUAAAACCACAGUGAGCUACAAGAACAAGUACAAACUGAUUGGGAACCCCCGGCACAACAACCUCUCCAUCAAGGUUGACAACCUGACCUGGAGCGACAGCAACAGAUACUUCUGCCGGGUGGAGUUUUCUGGGGAUUUUCAUGACAAGUACGAAAGCAGGACUGGGAUAAAGCUCCAUUUGACAGCUGCUCCCAGGAUUAUUAACAUCACCAUUGGCUCCAAUGAGGACCAUACCUUCAAAGCGCAGUGUACAGCCGAAGGGGAGCCCCUGCCCUCUCUGACGUGGACCGGCCCUCUCCUCAGCAACGCCACCUCAGUCACAAGCGUGAACCACCAGAUAACCAAGGAGCUGCACUACUUGACUCAUGAUGGAAAAUACACGUGCACGGCUGUUAACAGCCACGGGAAGGCAGAGGGAGCCGUGUAUUUCUAUAAAUUCAAAGGAGCAAGUGGCUCCUGGAUUCUGAUCCUGAUGUUUGUAGCACUAGGAAGUAAAGUAUUGGUGUUGCUGAUGAUAGUAGGAAUUGCUGUUUUCUGGAGUGCAGAUGGCAGAACGGAAGCAGAGAGGUUGAGAGACUUGCACAAGGCCAUGGAGCGAACAUCUGCACAGCCCACGGUGAUGUCACAGCCCCAUCCACGUUCUCCAGGCAACCAACGCAAGACUCUACGUAUGAAAAUCUUGACCGCAGGAACAACUGUGGCAGUCAGAGGUUGCCGACAGAAUGACCUGCAACAAAUUGGCCUUCGGAAUCUGGAGUACAAUCUUGUCAUAUGUUUGCACAUUUUGAUCUACUGCUCAUUAUAUGUGAAACCAAACAGGUCAUGCUUGUGUGUCUUUCCUCCCACAACAUGCAGGUUUACUGCUGCUUUCUGAUGCAUGGAAUGUCAGACAGGUCAUGUGUGAGCAUGCCAGCCCCUAUUGGCUGCAAUGCACAGAAAACGUGACCUCUGAGAAAAGAAGGAGCACUAGGUAAUGAAUGAGAUAAGGAACAGAACAUCAAGGGCAAAGGAGAUGUUAGUUUCAACCAACCUGCAGAAUUCAGGACACAGUUAAAAGUCAACAGCUGU